AUUAGUUUAUACAAACAACUUCCGCAUACAUCGUUGGGCUGGUAAACAAACGUCAAAUAUGUUUAGUGACAAAAUCUUAGAAGCAGUCUCUUUUCGUUCAUCAUGGAAGAAGGAGAGAUCACUGGCCAAUGGCUCUGCACAGACUGAUGACAUGGAAACAUUUGAGAGGGCAUCACAAUCUAUAAAGAGAAGAGAUAGAGAAGUACAAACAGAUGAUGAUGGUCACCAGAAAUUCAGGUUGGCAGAAGACACUGUCGGUCGUCUGGGAGAAUUUUUAGCCAGGAUAGAGCCAGUUAUUUCCCGAGAACUUAACAAAAAUUUAACAAGUCAUGCAUUUGAUGAUUUUAACAUUGGAUGGGACGAGGAGCUCGGCUCUGUCACUAGUGUCCAUAAACUCACAAAUCCAGAAAUAAAUGGCGAGUUACAUGUCACAGGAGUAUCCUGGAAUUCCACAGGUGCAGUCAUCGCCGCAUCAUAUGGUCGCUAUGACCACGAGGACUGGUGUACGCACAAGUCAGCAUUGUGUACCUGGAAUCUGGAGCGCAGAAACAUAAACGAAAACAAACCUGAUACAGUGAUCGACCUGUCGACUUGUCUAACCUGCGUAGCAUUUCACCCAAAGAAUCCCGCCAUUAUCGCUGGGGGAACUUACGACGGGGAGGUAAUGAUGUGGGACUUGAGUAGAGAAGACGACAUGUUGGUGACAAGCUCGGGUAUUGGGGACGAUGCACACAGGGAACCCGUGACUAGGGUACACUGGAUACCGGACACUACUACCUCAAAGAGAGACCGGUAUCUGCUUGUCAGUACCAGUGGCGACGGUAAAAUAUUGGUGUGGAAACAUGACAGAAAGAAAGAUGUCAUCAAAUUAUCUAACGGGUUUAUCCUGAUGGCCCAGAACCUACCAAAGGAACUGAAAAAGUCACGUGGGAUCCGAGGGGACAAAGAGGUUGGGGUGACAUGCCUCUCUUACAACUGUGAGGACCGGGAUGCCUUCCUCAUAGGGUCAGAGCCCGGGGCGGUGUUCAGGUGUUCUAUGCUGUCACAUGGGGAACCAGCAGGAAGUCACGUCAUCUCAUCUGUACCACUCCACUCACCCGUGACCUUCACCUACAACCCACACCACGCCCCAGUGUACUCAGCGGAGUUCUCUCCCUUCCACAGAAACGCAUUCCUGAGUUCAUCAAUGGACCAAACUAUCAGGCUAUAUAGUAUGUUACAGAAACAACCGGUACUGACCAUAGAGCCAGGGGAGGGAUUUAUAUCCUCAACCAAGUGGUCACCAGUCCGGCCAUCUCUCAUCGCAGCCACCACCGAGUCUGGUCACCUUCUACUGUACGACUUGAAAAAUGAUCAACCUGUACCGAUACAGAAACUGGAGGCCAGCAUCAACAAAUCGGCAGUACACACGUGUCAAUUCAACCCUCACCAGUUUGAGUUACUGGCGACGGGAGAUGGAGCAGGGUUUGUCCAUGUGUUCAGACUAAGCCAGGAUCUCAAAACAGCCAACUCUAAAGACAUAGAAGCUAUCAAUGUAUUGGUUGACAUUGAGUCUUAACAACAGUUGAAGAACACCUUUCUCACAUCUAUAAGCUAGAACAAAAGGAAUGAACAUUUCUCUCAUAACAAAUUCAACACAGUGGCUUUCUCAUGACAAUAAGCUGAAAUAGGGAAAUCGUGUAACUGGAGAUGCUGUAUGUGAAUUUUGGAAGGACUUAAAUCACAUGUAUGAAGUCAUCGCAUGUUUUCACCCAACAGAUUGUCUUUCUCUAAGACAAAAAAUCCUGUUGUCAUUUAUGAAAAUAUUGAUACAGUAUUCAUUUUCAAAAAUAACCAAUUGGUUAAAGUCUGAACUCGAACAACAGACAACAUGAAUAUUUUGAGUUUUAUCAAGAAAACAAAAUGGUCAAAAUUCUUCCCCAGAAUACUUGAAAGCUCACCUUCCUGUAAGGCAUUUAAAUAUUAAAUUUUAAAUCAUUUUAAUAACUUUCUUUCAUGAUCAAUAAAACAAGAGGUCAAGAGACCUGAUAUUGGGCCUGUAACAUGCUGGGAUGAAGACUACCGAGUUUGUUCAAAUAAAUGAUCUUGACCAACUUUGAAGGUCAUAGUGGCAAAAUGUACUAAGAUCUAUAAAUGAUGACUUCUGCAUUCUCUUAUAUUUGAAUAAUGUCGUAAUCACCUGAGCAAAGUUAUGUUAGAAGCAGAUGAGCAAUACAGGCCCAUUGGGUCUCUUGUUGUGAAGAAAAAAAAUCUUAGUGCUUGCUAUUUUUCACAUUGUAUGUUUAAUUCCGUCCAGACUAAUACAGGGACUGGGCCCUGACAGACUGUGAUACUUGUAGAUCUUAAUGAUUAUUUAUCAAAAUAAAUCUAGUUGUAAUAUUUA